GGACGGCGCAUGCUCUGGGACAGUGGAGAUUUGUCGGAGGCCAAGGCCAAGGGAUCUCUGCGUUACCUUAACCAGAAAAAACUCGAGUGACGAAUUUGCGUUAGUCAAGUUACACCAGUUUCAUCACAAAGUCGGUACGGUCAUCACAAAUGAGACGUAAGCAGUAGCAAAAUGGCCGUCGCGGCUACAACACGUUGCUCCGUUAUUGUGUUAUUCUGUAUGUCACAAAUCGUCAGUUCGCAAAAUGAAUACAAAUUUCCCGAUGUCACGAUACAAGCAUUGAGCCCGAAAGGAAUAAGGAUCUUUAUACCAGAUAAUACAAAAUUAAGUUUAUUUGCUUUCAACGGAAAAAUAAACCAGCCAAUAAAUCAGAAUGAUGUUGGUGAAAUUUCUGCUGAAAUUACUGCACCGACGAAUGGCAUGUGGAUUUACGAAGAUUCUAAUCUAGAACUUAAAGUCGGUGACGUUAUCAAUUACUAUGUAUUCGUAGUAUACGAUCGAGCAGGAUACGUUAAAGAUAAACUCAGAUUUACUGUAACAGAAUUAGUAAGUCCAAGCAGUCAAUCAAGUACGAUAAGACCCACGGAAUGUCGGCCAACAGUGACAAGACUACGAGUUGGCACCGCGUGCUCUGGCCAGACGAUAUUCGAGGACAACUUCAACAACCUGCGUGAGGAUGUGUGGCAGAUCGAGCAAUAUAUACCAGAUCAGCCUGAAUAUCCGUUUGUGUCAUAUCAACGACCACCAAAUGCGCAGACAGUGACCGUGGAUAACGGAAAUUUACGCAUUGAGCCGAAGCUGCAGCAAGAACAAGAUGGAUUCAAUGAAGAAUCUUUGUAUUCCGGCAUCCUCGACCUCUUCAGCGGGUGUACGAGAACAGCAGAGUCGUGCAGAGUGGCAGCAAUGGGUGCUAGUAUACUGCCGCCGGUGGUGAGCGGCCGACUCACGAGCAAAUCCUUUGCGUUCACGUACGGCAUAGUUGAAGUCAGAGCAAAACUGCCACAAGGAGAUUGGCUUUAUCCAGAAAUUUUACUAGAAUCUUUGCUUCAAAAGUACGGUACACCUAAAUAUGCAUCGGGCGUAAUUAAAAUCGCAGGAGCUCUUGGUAACAGAGAACUCAGACUUGGACCUGAUGAAUACGGAAAUACGAUUUUGUAUGGAGGUCCAAUAAUGAACUUAGCAUGUAGAGAAGUUCUAACAGGUCGAAAGGAGUUGUUCAACGGACCUCAUUGGGGGGACAAUUUUCAUGUUUACUCAGUACAAUGGACACCAGAUAAAAUGACCUUCAGUGUGGAUGGUGAAGAGUGGCUGCGUGUGGAGCCGACGGCGAGCGGUCUGAGCGGCCGCUUUAACCGCUUCUGCGAUAUUCCUCGCAGAUUCCUGUCUUUUGGAACUAAGAUGGCGCCUUUUGAUGACCAUUUUCAAUUAACGCUGGGGGUGAACGCUGGAGGAAUCACAGAGUUCAAAGAUGACGUCAUCACAGGCGACGGACAUCCGAAGCCCUGGAAUAACAGGAACAGGAAAGCUAGCUACAACUUCUGGAGAGACUUGCCCUCUUGGCAACCGACAUGGCGUCAGCCCGCUCUACUAGUGGAUUAUGUCAAAGUCAUAGCUUUAUAACAAAAUAAGGGAUAAUAAAGUAACAAAUAAUAAAAUAGAAAUUUAUUUAG